AUGCGGGUGUGUGAUAUACACGACGAGCUGACCCGAGUCCGACUGCAUAUAUUACUGAAAGUGUUGACAUUAAUGCGGAUAAUUACAAAAUCGCGACAAUUAGUCGACUGCAAGAAAGAGGACGGCUUUGCGGCACUCCAUUUGGCCGCUCUUAACGGUCACUUCCAGAUCGUUGAGACGCUUAUAAUUCAAGGACAGGCGGACAUUGAUAUACAAAACAAUCGAAAGCAAACACCUUUGAUGUUAGCGGUCGGUCAGUCUCACUGCUCUAUCAUUGAGCUAUUGGUCCGAUUGGGCGCUAACGUAGACAUUGUUAAUGAGGACAACGACAGCGGUCUUCACUUAGCACUCGCUAAAUGUCGCGAACCACUCAAAGCUGAUACUGUGGUCACAAAUUCUGCUGUCAUCCCAGAGAUUCUGAAAAAACUGUCGGCUAUUGAUUUCGGACAAAACAUAAACCUAUCGAUUGCUUGUUUCCUAAUACAAGAGGGAAAUGCAGACAUCACUCUCAAGAAUAGGAGAGGAAAGACAGCGCUCGAUAUGUUAGAAAUGCCCAAACAGUCGGACAGUCAGUCGAAUACAAAUACACCGAAUUAUAAUGUGGCCAAAGAUUUUAUAUUAAGUUUAGUCGAUCGCCGCAAGAGUCGAGUGAAGACACCCCGUGGAAGAGCAGCAGUGUCUGUGAGCACAGCCUCUGAUAAUGUCAUUAAUGUUAAUCAAUCGGAUAACGACUCGACUCACACACAAGCGGUUAAUAAUAGCAGUGAGAAUGACAUCAAUACCAGUACAACGAGUGAAUGCAUUUUAUGCAACGAUUUGUUGGCAACCGUUGUAUUUAAACCAUGCGGUCAUUUAGUGGUCUGUGACUUAUGCUCCAUAAGAAUUAAACGAGACAAAUAUCUCAAUGUGUGUGUAUUGAAGAAGUUGUGGUCCAAAAAGUUUGCAUACAUUUGCUGUGAAUCACAGAAUGUAAUCCAUUGCAAACACACACAAAGAGGUCCAUCCAUGGCGUGGACUAACUAUCAGAUAUUUUUGGCUCUUCUUAUGGUCAUCACCGGAUCCAUCAAUACGUUGGCCACAAAAUGGGCGGAUAUCACAAAGUCUAUGGGAAAAGACGGCACUUAUCGGCACUUCAAUCACCCGUUCGUUCAGGCGGUGGCCAUGUUUUUGGGCGAAUUGACGUGUCUUUUGGCGUAUAAAGCGAUGUAUUUUUAUUACAAACAGAAAGACUAUACCGAAGACCAGUAUCCGACGGCCAUCGCCGGCAGCCGUACAUUCAAUCCCAUGAUUUUCCUGCCGCCGGCGUUGUGUGAUAUGACGGCCACAUCGUUGAUGUACAUCGGCCUCAACCUGACCUAUGCCUCCAGUUUCCAGAUGUUGAGGGGAGCGCUCAUUAUCUUCACCGGCCUUUUGUCCGUCGCUUUCCUUCACAGACAACUCAAGCCAUACGAAUGGUUGGGAAUAUUGUUUGUGAUGUGCGGCCUCUCUAUCGUCGGCACAAGUGAUUUGGUGUUUGGUUCAAACGAUGCCUCGUCUAGAGGUCCCAACUCUGUCAUCGCUGGCGAUCUCUUGAUAAUAAUUGCACAAAUCAUUGCCGCCUCACAAAUGGUUAUCGAAGAGAAGUAUGUUUCCGGCAAUAAUGUGUCGCCUCUUCAGGCGGUCGGUUGGGAGGGACUGUUCGGAGUGAUAAUCCUCUCAGUCCUAUUGGUUCCCAUGUAUUUCAUACCGACGGGUCAUCUCAUAUUUGACAAUCCAGACGGACAAAUGGAGGACGCGAUCGACGGCUAUCACCAAAUCAAAAACUCAUGGCAGGUGGCGGUCGCCCUCUGCGGCACAAUCGUGAGCAUAUCGUUCUUCAACUUCGCCGGCAUUAGUGUCACGAAAGCAAUGUCUGCCACCACUCGAACGGUGUUGGACUCGAUCCGCACUUUUGUGAUCUGGAUAUUCAGUCUUGUGAUUGGAUGGGAAAAGCUAUCGAAGCGAACCUACGUUCAGGUCACCGGAUUCGCUAUUCUCAUGAUUGGCAUGUUUUUGUACAACAAUGUCCUCAUCCGUCCCUUCCUUAUCAAAAGGGGUUUCAUUCGCGGCGAAGAGCCCGACGCCAGUGAUAUCCGACCCAUACUUCGCGCCGAAGAGAACGAAACGGCAGUCAAUCCCACAAUGAAUGACGUGAGAGUCAGUUGAUGGGAGAGAGAGAGAGAGAGAGUCACACAAACGUUUAGCUAAUCCUCUUUCACCAUUGCUUUGAUUAUUGCUUUUUAUAAUUGAAACGAG